AUAUGUCCCGCUUGUUCAGGCGUUCUAGUGAUAUUCUGCUGCGAGGAAGCCAACGAACGACAUGAAAAACAGUUGUGCCAGAUUGUACGAGUUGUCACGAGGCUCUAUUGCUACAGUGCUGCGCUUGAGCAUCCUCCUGUCAUACACAAUAGCCUCAGCUCGAAAUGCCGCCGCCUGUCUACAAGCUCAUGACAGUGAAUACCGUCCCAGAGCGUGCGAAGCGCAUCAUCGGGCGGAUAGUGGAGGAUGUAAAGGAUCGAUGGACGAUACAGUAUGUGGUCAAUGCAGAAAGGAUAGAGGAGGUACUCCCUACGCUCGAGCGAGAGCGACCCGAUAUCAUGUUUGUGGCAUCGAUGUGGACCCCCGAGGAGCAACAGGAACUCGUGCUUAUUGCUGAGCAGACUAUCCCCGGUAUCAAGACGUUCAAAAUACCUAGCGGUCUCCAGGUGGAGAAAGGACCAGAUGCUAUUGUCGACUUUAUCAAAGAGAAUCUACCGUCUAUCCUCGAUAGCCCAGCGCCGAAGGAAUCGCUUUGAGAGUCGUAACUUCAGGAUGUACAUGUAGAUCGUUGAAUCCUUCGUCCAAGAUACCGUGUAGCGAGUGGUCGGUAUGCCUGGUGAUCCAAACGGCUCGGUUGAUUCAACUCUACCUAUAUCAUCGUGAGUUUCAAUUGAGUCUUAGACCCAGUGCAGAGUGACAAGUGGAACGUUCAACGCGACGCGUCGCGCAGUGAUGAUGAUGAU